CUUCACUACUUCCUCACUUUCACUUUCCCUCUCCCUUUCCUUCGCUCCUAUUCAAACUCUCUCUUUACAAUUACACUGCCCCUUGUUUGGUUCCCGAGAGGGAAAGUGCACCCGCGCGAAAUUCCCAAUCAGCCUUUCCCCGAGAAACCGAGGGAAAGUGCACCCGCACGAAGUCCCCAAUCAGCCUUUCCUGGAUUCGGAAUCAACCACGAAGACACGCCAAUUUCCCCUGCUUCAAAAUCUAGGGUUUUGGGACGAGACGAGAUGUCGCGAGAGGACGAUGUCGUUUUGCGGGAUGUCACCAGCGCUGGCCUCGUCGUGAGCGAUCGCAUUGGCCGAGAAAUGGCGUCUCAGCUCGAUCUGGAAGAGGCUCUAGAAGCUUCCAGAUACGCCAGUCACCCCUAUUCUUCUCAUCCCAAAGAGUGGCCUCCUUUGGUUGAGGUGGCUGAUACUUGGGAGUUACCUCCAGUACUUAUUGAAAGAUACAAUGCAGCGGGUGGGGAAGGAACUGCAUUAUGCGGAAUAUUUCCAGAAAUACGUAGAGCAUGGGCAUCUGUAGAUAAUUCCUUGUUUCUCUGGCGUUUUGACAAGUGGGAUGGUCAAUGUGCAGAAUACAGUGGAGAAGAGCAAGCUAUUUGUGCUGUUGGUCUUGCAAAAUCAAAACCUGGUGUCUUUGUUGAAGCGAUCCAGUAUCUGUUAAUUUUGGCAACACCUGUUGAGUUAGUUCUCGUAGGAGUAUGCUGCUCUGGUGGAGGUGAUAAUGCAGAUCCAUAUGCAGAGGUCUCGCUGCAACCUUUGCCAGAAUAUACAGCACCAUCAGAUGGAGUCACCAUGACUUGUAUUGCAUGUACUAACGCAGGUCGUAUUUUCUUGGCUGGCCGUGAUGGCCACAUUUAUGAACUUCAUUACUCAACUGGUUCAGGCUGGCAAAGGCGUUGCCGGAAAGUUUGCCUGACUUCUGGGUUUAGCAGUGUCAUAUCAAGAUGGGUUGUGCCUAAUGUGUUUAAGUUUGGAGCUGUUGACCCCAUCAUUGAAUUAGUUGUUGAUAAUGAAAGAAACAUUUUAUAUGCACGAACUGAAGAAAUGAAACUUCAGGUUUUUGUUGUGGGCCCUAAUGGUGAUGGACCAUUGAAGAAGGUGGCAGAAGAAAGGAAUGUUAUCAAUCAGAGGGACACUCAUUACGGGGGUAGACAAUCAACUGGACAAAGGACCCCAAAUCGGUCAGCAAAGCCAUCUAUUGUUUGUAUAUCACCUUUGUCCAUGCUGGAAUCAAAAUGUCUACACCUUGUUGCUGUUUUAUCAGAUGGCAGAAGGAUGUAUCUCACGACUUCUUCAUCAGGUGGAAAUUUGGGUGGUUUUAAUACGAACCAUUAUAAACCUAGUUGUCUAAAAGUUGUUGCUACCAGGCCCUCUCCUCCCUUGGGUGUCAGCAGUGGGCUUGCCUUUGGAGCUAUGUCUCUUGUUGGUAGACCUCAGAAUGAAGAUCUCUCACUGAAGGUUGAGACAGCAUAUUAUUCUGCUGGAACUCUUGUACUUUCUGAUUCAUCUCCACCAACCAUGUCUUCUCUUCUUGUUGUAAGUCGGGAUUCGAGCACACAGUCCUUGGUCUCAGGUACAUCAGGGACGAGUUCAAGAAGUACUCGGGCAUUAAGGGAAUCUGUUUCUUCUUUAUCAGUUGAAGGACGGAUGCUAUUUGUAGCAGAUGUCUUACCAAAUCCUGAUACUGCAACAACAGUACACUCCCUAUAUUCAGAAAUUGAAUUUACUGGAAUUGAAAGUUCAUGGGAAUCCUCUGAAAAGGCGUCCCUAAAACUCUGGGCUAGAGGGGACCUUACAACCCAACAUAUACUGCCAAGGAGGAGACUUGUUGUUUUUAGUACCAUAGGCAUGAUGGAAAUUGUGUAUAACAGGCCUGUGGAUAUUUUGAGAAGGUUGUUUGAAACUAAUUCACCGAGAUCAAUUUUAGAAGAUUUCUUUAAUCGUUUUGGAUCUGGUGAGGCAGCUGCAAUGUGUUUGAUGCUGUCAGCCAGGAUAAUGUAUUCUGAAAAUCUUAUAAGCAAUGCUGUUGCUGAAAAGGCGGCUGAAGCGUUUGAGGAUCCAAGACUUGUUGGAAUGCCACAACUUGAGGGUGGUAAUGCAUUGUCAAACACUAGGACAGCUUCUGGGGGAUUUAGCAUGGGUCAGGUUGUUCAGGAGGCUGAGCCAGUGUUUUCAGGUGCUUAUGAAGGGCUUUGCUUGUGUUCUUCAAGGCUACUUUUCCCAGUGUGGGAACUUCCUGUGAUGGCUGUAAAAGGAGGUUCUGCAGAUGCUUUAUCUGAGACUGGACUUGUCUCAUGUAGAUUGUCUAUUCAGGCUAUGCAAGUACUGGAAAACAAACUUCGUUCUUUAGAGAAGUUCUUGAGUUCUAGAAGGAAUCAGAGAAGGGGACUCUAUGGCUGUGUUGCUGGACUGGGAGACUUGACUGGUUCAAUUCUUUAUGGGACUGGUUCCGAAAUAGGUGCUGGUGACCAGAGUAUGGUGAGAAACUUAUUUGGUGCUUACUCUUGGAGUGCCGAGUCUAGUGGCAGUGGUGCAUCUAAUAAAAGGCAGAGGUUACCAUAUAGUCCUGCAGAGCUGGCUGCUAUGGAGGUGAGGGCAAUGGAAUGCAUCAGGCAAUUGCUUUUUAGAUCCAGUGAAGCCCUGUUUCUUCUCCAACUUCUUUCUCAGCAUCAUGUUACUCGCUUGGUUCAGGGUUUUGACACUAAUCUACGACAAACAUUAGUCCAAUUAACAUUUCAUCAGCUAGUUUGCUCCGAAGAGGGUGACCGCAUUGCUACACUGCUUAUAUCUGCUCUGGUGGAGUGUUAUACCAGUGCUGAUGGCAUGGGGACUGUUGAUGAUAUAAGUGCGAGACUACGAGAGGGUUGUCCUAGCUAUUACAAGGAGUCUGAUCACAAGUUUUUCCUCGCUGUGGAGUGCCUUGAAAGAGCUGCUGUAACUCCUGAUCCUGAGGAGAAGGAGAAUCUUGCUAGAGAGGCCUUCAAUUUCUUAAGUAAAGUUCCAGAGUCUGCAGAUUUACAAACUGUCUGCAAACGGUUUGAGGAUUUAAGGUUCUAUGAUGCUGUUGUUCACUUACCUCUACAAAAGGCACAGGCUCUUGAUCCAGCAGGUGAUGCUUUUAAUGACCAAGUUGAUGCAGCAGUUCGAGAGCAUGCACUUGCUCAGCGUGAAAUUUGUUAUGAGAUAGUCAUUAAUGCAUUACGUUCUUUGAAGGGUGUUCCUUCACGUGGAGAAUUUGGGUCUCCACUUAGACCUGCAGCUUCAAGAUUGGCCCUUGAUCAGGCCUCUCGGAACAAAUAUAUAUGCCAGAUUGUUCAGCUUGGUGUCAAAUCACCUGAUAGAUUAUUUCAUGAGUACUUGUACCGGGCAAUGAUUGAUUUAGGCCUCGAAAGUGAGUUAUUGGAGUACGGUGGUCCUGAUUUGGUGCCUUUCCUACAAAGUGCUGGGCGCGAACCAAUUCAAGAGAUUCGAGCUGUUUCUGCUGUGUCAUCAGGGGCUUCUGGAAUGCGUCAACUGGGAGCACCUAUAUUACCCAAUCAAGCCAAGUACUUUGACCUUUUGGCACGGUAUUAUGUCUUGAAGCGGCAGCACCUUCUUGCAGCUCAUAUAUUAUUAAGACUGGCUGAAAGGCGCUCAACUGAUGCAGGGGAUAUUCCUACUUUAGAGCAAAGGUGUCACUACCUAAGUAAUGCUGUUUUACAGGCCAAGAAUGCAAGUACCAGUGAUGGCCUGGUUAGCUCUACAAGGGGUGCUGUUGAAAAUGGACUACUGGAUUUACUAGAAGGGAAACUUGCCGUUCUUCGGUUUCAGGUCAAGAUCAAAGAAGAAUUGGAGGCUAUAGCUUCCAGGCUAGAAACUUCUUCAGGUGCUUCUGACUCUGUCCAAAACGGAACAGACCCUGAAAGCACGUCAGUGGAUGAUGCAAAUGUUGCAAAUAAUGCACGCGAAAAGGCCAAAGAGCUAUCUUUAGAUUUGAAGAGUAUAACUCAGCUAUAUAAUGACUAUGCUGUUCCAUUUGAGCUUUGGGAGAUUUGUCUGGAAAUGCUAUAUUUUGCAAAUUAUUCUGGCGAUGCUGAUAGCAGCAUCAUAAGAGAAACCUGUGCUAGACUUGUUGAUCAAGCACUUUCGAGGGGCGGCAUUGCUGAGGCUUGUUCUGUACUGAAGAGAGUUGGUUCCCACAUUUAUCCUGGAGAUGGAGCUGGUUUACCCUUAGACACUUUGUGUCUUCACCUGGAAAAGGCUGCACUGGAGAGAUUGGAGUCGGGGGUUGAAUCUGUCAGAGAUGAAGAUGUUCCGAGGGCUCUUCUUGCAGCUUGCAAGGGUGCAACUGAACCUGUAUUGAACACUUACGAUCAAUUGUUGUCAAGCGGAGCUAUUUUUCCAUCAGCCAAGCUCAGAUUACGCCUUCUCAGAUCAGUACUAACAGUACUUCGAGAGUGGGCAAUGUCGGUAUUUGCUCAAAGAAUGGGUACUAGUGCAACUGGAGCUUCCUUAAUUUUAGGUGGAACGUUUUCACUGGAGCAAACAGCAGUUAUUAAUCAAGGGAUCCGUGAUAAGAUCACAAGUGCAGCAAACAGAUACAUGACUGAGGUGCGGAGGUUGCCCCUUCCACAGAGUCAGACGGAGGCUGUUUACCGAGGCUUUCGAGAACUUGAAGAGUCACUAAUUAGCCCUUUUUCUGUUGACCGUUAUUAAUUGUUCUUUGUUCCCUGUUUGAUGCAUCAUGUAUGAACUUUUCUGUUUUUUUUUUGGUUGCUUGUAAA